CCAAAGAGACAGACAGUGCAGGCUCCUGCAAGAGGAAGUAAAAGCAUUGAGGGAAAUGAAGAGAUGAGAUUCCUGGGGAGGACCUGUCUCAUUUUCUUGACUUUGCUACCAGCUGUUUCCACACAGACAGCUCUGGGGACUCAGCCCUCAAUCUCUAUGGACUCUACACAAGGAGAACAGACCCGGCUGGUGUGCAGAUCAGAGGGGUGGAGCCCUGAACCUGAAGUGAUCUGGAGAGACAGGGAUGGAAAUGAUGUGACAUCACUGUCCAGCACAACACUGCUGAGGGACAGUCAGGGGCUCCUCAGUGUCAGCAGCUACAUCAAAAUCAAACAGCAGUCCAACGUGUUCUCUUGUCUGGUUAGAAGUAAAAUAGCCAAACCAGACUGGGAAUCCAAACUCCACAUAUCCAGAGAUUUUUUCCCAGGAGUCUCUGGUUGGAUGGUGGCUUUCUUCUUGACUUUAGCUCUCAGUAUUGGAGCCAUUCCUCUGCUGGUGAUCCAAUGGAGAAGAAUGGAUGCCAUGGAGAGACUGUUUGAGCCUACGGCUGCUCUGUAUCUUUAUCAGCACCUUCGUAAGGAACUUGAGUCUGUGAAGCGAGAGGUCCUUAAAUCAGAAUGGAAGUGGAUCCUCAGCUCAGCAGGUAUGUGUCUCUUCAAUGGAUUCCUUUCACAGUGGAGGGUAAAAGAACAGCAGUGUGGAUGUUUCAUCGACUAG